AUGUUCCCUUUUAUGCUUAGACCUUCUGUGAAUAUUUUUUCUCGUCGAUUAUUUUCACAAAAAUCUAUUUUACCUCACGAAAUCGAUCGAUUCAAUGCUGCACGUGUUCGCAUUUCAGAUUGGCCAUCUGAUCUAAAAACUAUUCGAGAAACACUUUCUGCUUCACUUGAACAAUGGCGAAAAGAUAAACGUACAUCUGCCUGGCUCUGGAUUCCAAUUGAACAUGCACAUGUGAUACCAAUUGCCGGUGAAUUAGGAUUUACUUAUCAUAAUGCUGAAGAAAGAACUGCUGUAUUAAAUCAAUGGUUAUUACCAACAAAAUCAUUGGUACCACGAUUUGCAACACAUCAAGUUGGAGUUGGUGGUGCUGUUCUUCGUAAUAAAACAAAUGAAUUAUUGAUUAUAAAAGAACGAGUUAGAAAUAUGGAAUUUUGGAAGUUACCUGGAGGAGGUACUGAACUUUCAGAAGAUAUUGCUGAUGGUGCAAUACGAGAAGUGUUUGAAGAAACUGGUAUUCAAUCAAAAUUUGAAUCAAUUAUUGCAUUCCGUCAAGUACAUAAUCAUCCUGGUGGACAUGGUCGUUCUGAUCUAUAUUUUAUUUGUCGUUUAUCUGCUUUAACAGAUACAAUUAAAAUGGAUACAAACGAAGUUAUUGAUUGUAAAUGGGUAAAACUUGAUGAAGCAGUUAAAUCAAACAAUCCAUUGUUACAACGUGUUGCCCAGCAACUAAUAUUUGGUCUUAAAAAUGGUUUUGAACAAUCGAUUGAUUUUUCACUUGAACAAAUUCCAUCGAUUGUUACAGGAAAAACUUUUGAAUUUUUUACACGUUCAAUAAAAAAAACAAGUCAAUAA